AUGAGCAAACCAAAGAUUGGAAUUAAUGGAUUUGGUCGCAUUGGUCGACUUGUCCUGAGAGCGGCAGUUGAAAAGGACACUGUUAAUGUAGUGGCUGUGAAUGAUCCCUUCAUCAACAUCGAUUACAUGGUAUACAUGUUUAAAUACGAUUCCACACAUGGACGCUUCAAGGGUAAUGUUUCUGCUGAAGGAGGAAAGCUUAUUGUAACGAACGGCAAAACGACACAUCAUAUCUCUGUGCACAACAGCAAAGAUCCUGCCGAAAUUCCAUGGGGAAUGGACGGCGCAGAAUAUGUUGUCGAAUCAACCGGCGUUUUUACAACAACGGAAAAAGCAAGUGCUCAUCUGAAGGGUGGUGCCAAGAAGGUCAUCAUUUCGGCCCCAUCUGCUGAUGCACCGAUGUUCGUAAUGGGUGUCAAUAACGAUAAGUAUGAUAAGGCUAACAAUCAUAUCAUCUCUAAUGCUUCGUGCACUACAAACUGUCUGGCUCCAUUGGCUAAGGUCAUCCAUGACAAAUUCGGAAUCAUUGAAGGUUUGAUGACCACUGUACAUGCAACAACGGCUACUCAAAAGACUGUCGAUGGACCAUCUGGAAAGCUAUGGCGUGAUGGUCGUGGUGCUGGCCAGAACAUCAUACCAGCAAGCACUGGUGCAGCAAAGGCUGUAGGGAAAGUAAGUUUUAAUGCUGGAUUGGAAACGUUCUAUGAAUCCAUGUUUUGA